CGCGAGAAAGACGGGCACAAGAAGAGUGAGAAAACGCAAGUAUCUGGCAUAAAAAGUUGAAAUUCUUGAUUUGGUCAAUUCCUGCACAUUCUGAGUAACCAUGUCCGAAAGAAAAGUGUUAAAUAAAUAUUACCCACCGGAUUUUGAUCCAUCAAAGCUUCCGAAACUAAAGCUAUCAAAAGAGAGGCAAUAUGUCAUCCGCACAAUGGCCCCCUUCAACAUGCGUUGCAAAACGUGUGGUGAAUACAUCUAUAAAGGAAAAAAAUUCAACUCCAGAAAGGAGACAGUACAAGGAGAAACUUACCUGGGAUUGCGCAUAUUUCGUUUCUACAUCAAAUGUCCCAGGUGUCUCGCAGAAAUCACCUUUAAGACUGAUCUUCAAAACUGUGACUACCAGAUGGAGCAUGGAGCAACACGGAAUUUCGAGGCUGAAAGGCUAGCACAUAAGCAAGCUGAGCAAGAACAGAAAGAGAAAGAGGAAGAAAUUGCCAACAAUCCUAUGCUGGUGCUGGAGAAGCGGACGAACGACUCGCGGCUGGAGAUGGAGCGGCUGGAGCAGCUCGAGGAGCUGCGCGAGAUGAACGUGCGUCACGCGACGCUCGACAACGCCAGCGUGCUCGACUUCCACAACGAGUACGAGAAGCAGCUGCAGAAGCUGCAGGACGAGGAGGACGAGAGCUUCGUCAGGUCUGUGUUCGGGAAAGGAGAGCAGAAUGCGGACACGAUUAGGCGUUUGGAGGAAGACUCCGACGAUGAAGAUGACCAACUACCCGUCAGAAAGCGUCUUGCCGUUUCUGCAUCAGGCAAACCUACAGACAUCCUGGCUAAGGGUCCGGAUACGCCCAUACGCUCCCAACAGGAGAAGCCCAAGAAGCAAGCCUGGGAGAAAAGCAUUGGCGUGACUACAACCAAGGGAUUGCUGGCAGGACUUGUAAAGCCGAAAAAAAGCAGUCAAAUUCGACUGGUGCAACCUGUGGCUGGAACAGAAGUGGCAGCAUGCACAGUUCAGAAGGAACACAACGACAAAGGCAUAGUUGAUGGGACGUCAAUCACUAAUAAAACACAAACUGACACAAAUACAUCAGUGGUGCCAUCUGACAGCAAUUCCAAGGUAACCAUGGCAACGACAUCAGGGUUAGGGUUGCUAGGCAACUACUCGGACAGCGACAGUAGUUCUGGGAAUGAAGGAAUCUAAUAAUGAAACUCUUAUUCACAAGAUAUUCUUGUCAGUGCGAAAUGCUUAUUGUAAAAAACAUUGUGUCAUCUUUUCAAUGUAAAUAGGAAAUUAUGACAGUGUAGGCUAUUAUGGGUUCUUGUGUGUUUUUAUUCAGUAACUAUUUCGUAUAGAAUGUCGAAAAAAAUAUUAUGAACAAUAUAUUCAAGUAAAUUUCCA